AUGGUCUCAGUAUUCGGCAGAGGCUUGAUCGUUGCCACCUGUGCUCUGUCUUUGGCAGCAUCGGCGUCUGCCUUCAAUGUCACCAUCGAUCCCAACACUGUGACCCAGUGCGGUCCUACCCACUUCCACUGGGCUGGCGGCACCGCCCCAUUCUCCAUUUCUUGCAUUUCCUCGUAUUCAAGGCCCUUUAUAGUUGAAGUACCGGAAGAAGCCACCCAGACUGUGGACGGCGAGUCUGUCACCACGUUUGACUGGAACCUCCCAUUCCCGUAUGGUGCUGAAGUCAUCUUCUACGUCAAUGAUGCAACGGGGAAUGCUACCGGCUUGUCUUCAAAGCAGUUCAAGGUCGGCGACCCCCAGCCCGGUGCGUCCUGCACUGUUGGUAAAGAAGGACCGGAUUUCUUCUUCUACAUUGCCCCCGACAACAUGACUAUUCCUCAAUGCAGCAGCGUCAACCUGUCAUUCGGAUUAACGGGUGACCAGAUUAUCGCGCCCCCACUGACGAUCUGGGGAGUCCUACCUGAAGGUGAUGUGUUCAAAGUGCAAACGCACGGCUCAGACAUGUGGACGAUAUGGAACGCCAACAUCGAACUGGGCCAAACGUUCGUCAUGACUGCGUUUGACGCCCUGGGUCGUAUGGGCGGGGCCACCAGGACCCAAACGAUCAUUACGUCCGGCAACUCAUCGUGCAUGAGCUCCGCUUCGCCCAUGUCCCCCGCCCAUUCCGGAGGCGCGUUUGUUGCAAACUACACGUCGGGGUCGGACUUUGACUUGCCCCAAACCGAGACCUCGGGAUUCAGUAAGACCGCCAUUGUCGGCAUCGGUGUCGGAGCAGUCGUUGGUGGGCUGCUUCUCCUUGGUGGCCUCCUGUACUUCUGCUGCAGACGCGACAUAGCGGCCGUAAUGGACAACAGGCGUAAGCGUAAGAUGCGCCAAGCUGGCGACAUCGACCUGCAAGACGAGACCCCCGGUAGCGACCGGUUCUUGGUUGAGACGGACUACUCUGCUCCUCCCAUCUCGCCAUACGUCACCAACCACCACCUGGGCUCGAUGCAAUCGUUCGACCGGUCCACUGGCAUGUCUACUCCAUCGGACGCACAGCGUGUCAUGUAUCUCGGCCAGAACUCUGGGUUCGACGGAUCAAGCGUCGGGGGAAGCAGCGUCUCCGCCUCACGCACGGCGAGUGGCCGACCGACCAAGGCUUCCCUCGCCAUGCCAAACAACCCACCGUCUGGUUUCCUCCUGCACCAGGACGCUGGCAGGCUGGAGCGUGAGGAUGACCCAGAGCUUCAUUCUGCUGUGGAGGAGUUGCCGCCCACGUACAACCCGGAAUGGGACGACACUGAGACCAAUACCUCUGGGCGUCCCAGUCUCGACACUGCUACCAAGCGCAGCCACCACGCUCUGUAG